AACAUUCUGGCUUUAAAUCCCCGAAAACAGACGCAUGCAACUCUUUAUUCAACUGCAGCAAAGAAACAAGUCAAGAAGCAAUGGAAAAGGAAUUCUGACAAAAGCUGUUCAAACUGUGAGAAACUAGAAAAUAAUUUUGAUGACAUCAAGCACACGACUCUUAGUGAGCGAGGAGCACUUCGAGAAGCAAUGAGCUGUAGUAGACGUUGGACCAGGUGUGGGAUGACAGACUUGCUGGUCCAAGUAGUGGGAGAUACCUGCCUCCUUUUG